AUGCCACCGCCUGCCGGUCGAUACGGGCCGUCGGGCAUUGCAGGCCCAUUUCCCCAUCUUCAACAAGCACACCUCCAGCAACAACAGCAGUCCCAACAGCAUCAUAGCGCACACCCCCAGACCGCCAGCACCGGAAUACCCCCCUCUUCACUUGGUGGGCACCCAGGAUUCGGCCUCGGCACCUCUGGCUCUAAUAUUAACCCGUUUACGCUCCCCGGCGCCAAUGGAAUGACCGUAACUGGAUUCCCUGCAACCGGAGCCGCUGGAAGUGGUAUCCCAGAUGGAGGCGGGACAGGCCUCGCGAGCCAUGCUGCUCAGAUGGGUUUUCUGCGUGGUGCUCAGAUGCAACAACAGCAGCAGCAGCAACAACAAGCUCAGCAGCAGCAAUCGCAUCUGGUGCAUGACGGUCGGUUGGUUAUGGAUGGCAAGGCGGAUAAAUCGAGGAUAAGGGAUGUAUGGAAGCAUAACCUGGCGCAGGAAAUGGAGUCCCUUCGUGCGUUGGUGGAGAAAUACCCAUAUAUCAGCAUGGACACAGAAUUUCCCGGAAUCGUUGCACGGCCAAUGGGCACUUUUACGACAAAAGCAGACUACCACUAUCAGACGCUACGGUGUAACGUGGAUCUAUUGAAGAUGAUACAGCUCGGGGUUACCCUAUUUUCGGAAGAGGGCGAGGUUCCGCCUGCGUAUCCUGCCAAUGGCACUCUACACGCGAACGGCAAUCAUCUCGUUCCGGCGCCAUGUACCUGGCAGUUCAACUUCCAUUUCUCUUUGGAGAAUGACAUGUACGCACAGGAGUCUACAAGCAUGCUAGCAAAGGCCGGAAUCGAUUUCACGAUGCACGAAAAGAAUGGAAUCGAUCCGCUGGAAUUUGGCGCUUUGCUGAUGACCUCCGGACUGGUUCUGCUGGAUGACGUACACUGGAUCUCGUUCCACUCUGGGUAUGACUUUGGCUAUCUAAUGAAGAUCAUGCUCUGCAAGCCUCUUCCCGAUGACGAAGAGGAGUUCCACAAGCUCCUUUCUAUAUUCUUCCCUUCACUUUAUGACAUCAAAUUUCUCAUGAAGCAUGCGAGCCGGAAUCAAUCGGUGAAUGGAUCCCCCCUCACUCAAGGCGCUGUGCAAAUACUGGCCAACCUUGGACAGAAAUCGGGGCUGCAGGAUAUCGCGGAUGAACUAGGCGUUAAGCGGGUAGGGAUCGCACAUCAAGCAGGGUCCGACUCGCUUGUAACAGGUGAAAUAUUCUGGAAGAUGCGCCAACUGGUGUUCAAUGGGACCAUUGAUCAAGCUAAAUACUCUGGUCAAAUUUGGGGUCUGAACGGACAGAUCCCCGCUAUGCCUUAUCAUACGGGCAAUCAACCCCAGCAGACUCCGAAUCUGAACGGGGCGAUGGUUUAUUCGAACACGGCAACUCCGAGUACUCCAAACACCGGUCAUGCUGCGCUGAAUAGCAACCAGACUCCAGCGCCACAGUCCCACGUCAGCGGGAAUCCAAGUUUGACCCCUGGUGGAGGCGGCGGCGUUUUCGGGGCAUUUCAGCUCGGAAGGACAUAAACAAUUUUUGGGGAAUGGCAUUUAAAUGAAGGAAACGUUUGAAGCGGGUAUUGGGUCUCAUACUUUCUUCCUUGAUUUUUCAUGCCAGCAUGCUGGAGCAGGCGCCAAUUGCAACCGUAGCUAUUUAUUCGCUUCGAUCUUCUUUUUUUGUUCCUGUCCAUGGUACCAGGUUUCUUUCCCUGGUUUGUAUACGUUGUUGCGGUUGCGGUUGCCGGGGGGGUGUGCUGCUUCUGUCUCUGUUCUAUCUUAUUGCGCUCUUUUCAUGUAUUCGUGUGGAACGUUUGCUUUUGGAGUUGUUCCUCUCUUUUACUUUUGCGUGCUGUGCGUCCUGGCGCUGAGUCGAGUGUUGUUCUCAAUUCAUUCGGCGCGGGUGUGCUCUAUUCACGGUGGUGUUUCUCGGCGCUAAAAUAUUCUUUCUUGGUUGCGAUUUCUUCCAGUCUUCAGCUAUAU